AUGGAUAAUUUUAACAUACCAUUGCUGAAGCCGAGUGAAAUGGAUAAUAGCAACAAUUGUUUUAUCAGUGAUCCAUCUCUAUUUUCCCAUUUGGAAAUAGACCAAGAUCAUGAAUGUCUUAAACAGUUUUUAUUGGAUCAAGAUAAAACAACUCAUCAUCCACCACUUCAUGUUCCAAAUUUUGAUCCACUAUCAUACAAUAACAUGUUGCAUCCUAACAAUAACAUGAUACAGGAUGUAUAUCGAAACCGAUUAGACUCAAAUCAGUUACUGAGUCAGAGUUUUAAUAAGGAUAACUCAAAUUUUAUGAAUGAUUCUUAUGGUGGUUAUACUGUACUAACGCCAAAUCCUUCACCGAUGGCUUUUAAUUACAACCCUCAACCAUUAAGUUCCAACUUUAAUUCAAUGGACACAAGUUCUUCGGUCUUACCACUUCCUGGCUUUGACCCUUCUACAAUGACAAAUCAUGUAGACACCUUCAUACCUUCAGUUAAUACAGGACCAUCAACCUUGCCUGAUUUUAGUAAUAGGCAAAUAAGAAAUGAUCAGUAUUCUCCUGGUAUAUCUCCAACUAUUGCCAGCUUCCCUACACCUGUUAGUGUGUCUGAUAGUCCAGGUGCAGGAGCUCUUAGUGCAUCACCUAUGUGCAACGGAGAAAAUUCUAGCUUAAGUGACAGUGUCAUUAGUCCUGCUACUACACAAAGGACUGGCAGUGAGCGGUCUGUAGAAACAAAUCCACGAUCAAUUGAAAGUGUAUCAAGUGAUUUAUGUUCACCUAGAGUUGAUUUAGAAUCUUUAAUCAUACAACCUCAACCUACUCCAAUUAUUACUAAUGGAGAGGUUCCCAAGACUUUAAUUACUCCACCAUCAGUUAUACCAAAAUCUGCAAUUGUCAAAGGUGUAACCCUAACUAAAUCUGGAAAACCUCGCAAACGACGUUCUGCUCCCAAAGACAAACCAGUUAAGCCAAAAAAACCACCCGCAGGCUCAAUGUAUCAUAGUGAAAUUGCUGAAAAUGGUGGUAUUAAACUAAAAAUAUCAUUAACUGCUAUGCCACAAAAAAAGAAACGAAAAAGUAGGAAGAAAUCAGAUGAAAGUAAAACAAUGCAAUGUGAUGAACCAGCUGAACAAAGUUUAUGGGGUUAUCAACUACCAGAACCUAUACUAUUUGAAAUUUUUCGUUUAGCAACUAAAGAUGAAGGAUGCAUUCCGUUUCUUGUCAGAGUGUCUCAGGUGUGUAGGUUUUGGCGUAUGGUUGCGUCUGAUCCAUUACUUUGGACUAAUAUUGACUUAGCCGGACGAUGGGUUUCAAAAAAUCCUAUAAGGAAUGAUAUUAACUUUAGAUGGCUUUGUGAAAACCGACUUGCCAGAGUACAGGAACUCAAUUUAGGUGGUUGGCAGUUUACUGGCAUUCCUGUUAUACUAGAUAAAAUUAGCACCUCAUGCUUAGAUCUACGAGGAUUGAGUUUGACAGGUUGGGAAGGUCUCAGUUUGGAUAAUGUUCGGUUUAUCAUCACCAACUGUCACAAACUGGAACGAAUAGAUUUAUCGGGAAUAAAUGCUCAACAUAGCAGUGGUAAAAGUGGAGUGUGUUUAAACUCUCUGAUGUUCCUGACAAAACACAUGGGCCAAAGAUUGACACACUUAAAUUUGGCCGAUAAUCGUCUUUCGGGGAUUACUCAAUUAGUCAAUUCUUUAGCUACGCACUGCCCAAAUCUUCAAUCUUUGGAUUUGACUAAAGUCCGGAUGGUUGGUAAUACAGGAAAUCUUCAUAUUGAACGUUUACAAGAAGGAUGUCCAAAAUUGCGUGUACUACGAAUGUCUACUAGCCAACUAUGUCUCAGUAAUGUUCCAUUAAAUGAGCAAGCCUUAUCUCCUGGUUUUCCACUUUUGGAAGAAUUAAGCGUUGCUACAAUUUCUAAUGAUCUAAAUGUCUCUGGACAACCAUUUAUCGAUGAUCAAGCCCUUGAAAGGAUAUUAAAAACUUCGCAUAAAUUGUAUGUGCUUGAUGUUAGAGGAUGUACUAAAGUAACAGAUUCAAGUCUAGUUAGGAUACCUGCAUGGGAUUUAACCCACCUGUAUUUAUCAGGAUCUUUUGUUACUCGAGUAUCGGAUUCUGGCCUUGAUCUGAUAUGUAAAAAGUGGAGUCAUAGUCUCGUAGAAAUUGAUCUCUCAUGGUCAACCAACACUACCAUACUGGAUGCGGCUGUUUUUGCAAUUUCAGAACAGGGAGACAAAUCUAUGCUUAGAAAAAUGGAUCUUACUGGUUCGUCUGUUAGUCUGGAACCAGUAAAAGCUGUAUUAAAUAAUUGUCACCGUCUCAGCGCCUUGAACUUAGCAUCCUGCCGAGGCCUACCUAGAGGCAUCAAAAGGCUAUACAAAGGUCACUCAUUGACUGAAUUACGAGCACAGCUUAAUAAACCUGAUUCAUCUCAAGAAUCUGAAGAUGGAGGCGGCUAAAGUUAACAUUAAGGUACCUUCCAUUUCUUUUUUUUACUGUUUUUAUUUAUUUAUUUUUUUUUUUAUUACUUUUUUACAUGUUAUGUUUAAACAAUUCAGAGAUUGUUGUUCAAUGUGAUAGUUAUAAAUUUACAUUAAUAUUAUUAUUUUUUUUUAAAUAUUAUUAUUAAUUAUUCUGCCCGAUAUAUUAAGUUAUAGUACAAAUUAAAAAAAUUACAUUUUUUCAUAUUAUUUUUCUCCAAGAAAAAAUUUAAACAAAACAUAAUAUAACCGUAUAUUGAUAUCCUUUUUCGUUGAUUUGUCCACUUUAAUUUUAUAUAAUGUUAUAGAUUUUAUUUCAAAACCAUUAGAUGUAUUAUAAAUAUAAAGUUAAUUACAUGUUUUUAUAUAUAUUUCUAAAGUAAUAAGUCAAUUACAAUAUAUGGCUUUGGAUGCUAUUUAACUUAUUUUGUCAAAGAUAAAAUCAUGUUUGUCUAUAGAUUUGUAUUCUGUGUCUGUUAGAAGUCAAGCCCCUUUGAGUAAUUUUGUGGGUUAUCUCCACAGUGUACAAGCAGUAUUAUUUCUUUCUAAUUAAAA